GCGAGGCGCUUGAAGUCCUGAGAGCCGUGCGCUCUGGCACGCUCUGCCGCCUUGGCCAUGCACGCCCUCACCGGUCUCUCUCUAGUCAGCCUGCUCAGCUUCGGCUACCUAUCAUGGGACUGGGCCAGGCCAAGCCUCGUGGCCGAUGGACCCGCCGAGGUCGUCGCAGAGCCUUCCUCAGCCCCUCCGCCCCAGCCUCCUCAUAUCAUCUUCAUCCUCACCGACGACCAGGGCUACCACGAUGUGGGCUACCAUGGCUCGGAUAUCCAGACCCCGACGCUUGACCGCCUGGCAGCCGAGGGUGUCAAACUGGAGAAUUACUAUAUUCAACCCAUCUGCACACCUUCCCGGAGCCAGCUCCUCACCGGCAGGUACCAGAUUCACACAGGACUCCAGCACUCCAUCAUCCGCCCACGGCAGCCCAACUGCCUACCCCUGGACCAGGUAACCCUGCCGCAGAAGCUGCAGGAGGCAGGUUACUCCACCCAUAUGGUGGGUAAGUGGCACUUGGGCUUCUAUCGGAAGGAGUGCUUGCCCACCCGCCGUGGCUUUGAUACCUUCCUGGGCUCACUGACUGGCAAUGUGGACUACUACACUUACGACAACUGUGAUGGCCCAGGUGUAUGCGGCUUUGAUCUGCACGAAGGUGAGAAUGUGGCCUGGGGACUCAGUGGCCAAUACUCCACCAUGCUCUAUGCCCAGCGUGCCAGCCACAUCCUGGCCAGCCACAGUCCCCAGCGUCCCCUCUUCCUCUAUGUGGCCUUCCAGGCAGUGCACACACCCUUGCAGUCCCCUCGUGAGUAUCUGUACCGCUACCGCACCAUGGGCAAUGUGGCCCGGAGGAAGUAUGCGGCCAUGGUGACCUGCAUGGAUGAGGCCGUCAGUAACAUCACCUGGGCCCUCAAGCGCUACGGCUUCUAUAACAAUAGUGUCAUUAUCUUCUCCAGCGACAAUGGUGGCCAGACCUUCUCGGGGGGCAGCAACUGGCCACUCCGGGGACGCAAGGGCACAUACUGGGAAGGUGGAGUGCGGGGCCUGGGCUUUGUGCACAGCCCCUUGCUCAAGCGGAAGCGGCGCACAAGCCGAGCCCUGGUGCACAUCACUGACUGGUACCCAACCCUGGUGGGCCUGGCAGGUGGUAGCGCCUCAGUGGCUGAUGGGCUGGAUGGGUACGACGUGUGGCCGGCCAUCAGUGAGGGCCGGGCCUCGCCACGCACCGAGAUCCUGCACAACAUUGACCCUCUCUACAACCACGCCCGGUAUGGCUCCCUGGAGGGGGGCUUUGGCAUCUGGAACACAGCCGUGCAGGCUGCCAUCCGCGUGGGCGAGUGGAAGCUGCUGACCGGAGACCCCGGCUAUGGUGACUGGAUCCCACCGCAAACGCUGGCCUCCUUCCCCGGCAGCUGGUGGAAUCUGGAGCGGAUGGCCAGCGUCCGCCAGGCCGUGUGGCUCUUCAAUAUCAGUGCUGACCCCUACGAACGGGAGGACUUGUCUGAGCAGCGGCCGGAUGUGGUCCGCACACUGCUAGCCCGCCUGGCCCACUAUAACCGCACAGCGAUCCCUGUGCGCUACCCAGCUGAGAAUCCCCGGGCCCAUCCUGACUUUAAUGGGGGUGCUUGGGGACCCUGGGCUGGGGAUGAGGAAGAGGAAGAGGAAGAAGAGGGCAGGGCUCGAAGCUUCUCCCGGGGUCGCCGUAAGAAAAAAUGCAAGAUUUGCAAGCUUCGAUCUUUUUUCCGGAAACUCAACACUAGACUGAUGUCCCAUCGGAUCUGA